AUGUCUCAAAAUCCAGGCGAACGUACUGCACCAUGGUAUCCAGUUCCAUCUCAGGACAUCGUCUGUGUAGAGCACCCAUGUAUCGUCAAAAAUGUUGACAAGGCUAUUGAUACCCUUCAGGGCUAUGCAGGAAUAUCAGAGAUGCUAAAUGCUUCCUGUCGGGACUCACCAUUGACUCUCAUGUUGAACCCGGAAGAUGUCAUGAGCAGACCAAUAAGGUCAACAAGCAAGCAGACCAACAAUGUUCUUCUCAAGGUUACUGUACCCAGGAGAACAGGCCGGAGGCGGAAACGGGGCUCUCAGGGCCCGUUUGUCCACAGCCAUCGAGAUGAUGUGGCUACCCCUACUGACCAGCUGGACGCUCGAGAGCUUCUCCAGCGCCUAAAGGAGAAUGUUGGACGUUAUCAAGUAGACGUCGUAGGUCAAGUUAAUCGAACACAUGUUUUUAGAGGAAGAGUUGUGGGCGUAGGGUUACCAGACUUUGCAUACUCUACUACGGGAAGCCCGUUUGUGCAAAAAUUCAGGGAAACCAUAUUACCAUUUGAAUAUGACAAGUUGAAGAAAUUUGAACUUGAUCUCUCAAAGGGGGCUAUCUCCAAUGUUGAUAUCAUUCCACCCCCAUCCCUAAGCAACAAUGAAGUCGCCUUCCAGUACCUGUACGGCUUUGACAAUAACCCAAUAACUAGGAUACAGAUGUAUCGUUCAAUUGAUCCAUCUGGUCAAGUAACAACUACCAACACCCAGCGGGCAUUGAAGGUGGUUACCCACCUUGUAUCCUACGACAUACCCUCGGUGCCGACGCAGCCACGGGACAACUGUCCACCAUUAUCAGGCCAGGACCAAACCGUCCACGACACUGUGGCCGCUCUCCGAGCCCUAUUCGACGAAAGGCCAGCCUGGACACGACGUGGUCUUCGUAACCAGCUACCCACAUCCGAGAAAAAAUACGCCCUUCGUCUUGCCAUUCCAUACGUCGGCUACCUCUUCCGCUCUGGCCCAUGGAGAGAUGCCAUUUUCAAAUUCGGAUUUGAUCCAAGAUCGUCUCCUGAUUUCCGUAUAUACCAAACGCUCAUGUUCCGCUUAUUCCCUGUCUCUGCGGAAAAAGAAGGACAAGACCAAGAAACUGCCCCGAACGCACCAUUCACAACCACCACCACUCCCCUCUCAGGAAGACGACUCACCCUUCCGCGCCUAUCGUAUGAGAACAACAGCGACCCAGCCCUCGCCAGGUCUCAUGUAUGGACUGGCCACCCGCCUCUUUCUCAAGACGGUAAAACAUGGAUGAUAAUAGAUAUUGAGGAUCCUAUAAUUGCACGGUUGCUUGAUCCCUCGUCUCCAGAUGCUCAUCCUCCGCGCGCUACGUGUGACAUAUAUUCGUGUGGCUGGUACGGUAAUGUCACGCUCUCGAUUGUCCGCGCUAUAAUGCGGAUGAAGAUGACUUCUAUGAUGGAGAACCGCACGGACUGGCCCUCCGAACAAGAGCUGCUUCCUUUACUUAGUCUACCGAGCCAUGUGGAGGGAGAUGAGGAGUUAGACAAGAUAUCCCUAGCCAAGGAAGGACUAGGACCAGUGCCUACGCAUUUACUCUCGGAGAUUCGUGCUGUUGUCCGGAAUGUGCCGUGGAAGGUGGAUAAGCAGAGAGACAGAUUCAGGGGAGCUGCUGGAACAUUAGAAAAGGGUGAUCGGAAAAGAGUCAGGUGGGAGGAUCAGCAGGAAGAGGAUGAUGAGGGCGAGGUGGGCGAACAAGAGCAGGACGAUGAAGGGGAUGAAGAUGAAGAGAUGGAAGACUCCGACGAGCAGGAGAUCGAGACCCAGGGAUAUGAGUAG